CUCUGCCCACCGCCCCUUUCCCUCGCAGUUCAGCGCAGGGCGGAAGGUUUUCAGUCAGACGCCCUCGCCUGGCGGGAAGCCGGCUCCCGGCCCGCGCGUAGGGCGUCGUGAGGUAGUCUUUCCGCCCGGCUCCCCAGUGGGACGCUCCGCGGAGGCGGCCGAGGCGGGAAUGUCUAGCUCCCCUACACUCUGAACCUUACCUUUCUGGCGUCUUCGCCCGGGAGGCGGCAGGGGGAGGCGGACCCAGCCGGCAGCAGGGGCAGGUCCUCGCCGCUGUGAGGAGGGGCUGGGCGUGCGCCGCCGCCGCCAGAUUCGUCUACUCGGGUGAGUCGGGACGAGAGAAAGCCCCGCCCCCGGGGCCCGCUCCCACUCCUGAUUGGCCGGACCAGCCCAGGGUGGCCAGGCGGGGCCUGGGCCCGAGUCUCAGCUAUAAAGAUAGCCCCGGCAUGAGAGCCGCUGCGAAGCUCUUUUAGUUCAUCUGCUGGCCGGCUCUCAGCGUCCGUGGCGCCCCCUUUCCUCUUGUCUCCUAGCGCUCUCGACUCCACCAUGCCAAGGGGCUUCCUGGUGAAGCGAACUAAACGGACAGGCGGCUCAUACCGAGCUCGGCUUGCAGAGCGUGUCUUCCCUCUGUUGGGGCCCCAGGUGGCGCCGCCCUUCCUGGAGGAGGCUCCCAGCGCCUCCUUGCCCGGUACGGAGCCGGAGGCGCCCCCGACCCAGGAGGAACCAGGAAAGGGGCUGACGGCGGAGGCGGCCCGGGAACUGUCGGGGUCUCCAUGUCGAGCGGCUGGGGUGAGCCCGGGGGUGGGCGGGCGGGAAGGUGCGGAGUGGCGGGCGGGUGUCAGGGAAGGUCCCGGGCCCAGUCCCAGCCCCAACCCCAGCCCCAGUCCCAGUCCCGCGAAGCCGGCGGGCGCAGAGCUGCGUCGGGCGUUCCUGGAGCGCUGCCUCAGCUCGCCCGUCUCCGCCGAGUCCUUCCCCGGGGGCGCCGCCGCCGUUGCCGCUUUCUCCUGCUCCGUGGCGCCAGCAGCCGCACCGACCUCGGGGGAGCAAUUCCUGCUGCCUCUCCGGGCGCCGUUCCCAGAGCCCGCGCUUCAGCCGGACCCUGCGCCCCUCUCGGCCGCCCUGCAGGGUCUGAAGCGGACGGCGGGCGGCGAGCGCCGCGCCAAGGCACCCACGGGCUGCACGUCUGGACCCGCGGCCGCGGGAAUCAAGAAGCCAAAGGCCAUGAGGAAGUUGAGCUUUGCUGAUGAGGUGACCACAUCCCCUGUCCUGGGCCUGAAGAUCAAGGAGGAGGAGCCCGGAGCGCCGCCUCCGGGGUUGGGGGGCAGCCGCACGCCGCUGGGAGAGUUCAUCUGCCAGCUGUGCAAGGAGCAGUACGCAGACCCCUUCUCGCUGGCCCAGCACCGCUGCUCCCGCAUUGUGCGCGUCGAGUACCGCUGCCCUGAGUGCGACAAGGUGUUCAGCUGCCCUGCGAACCUGGCCUCCCAUCGCCGCUGGCACAAGCCCCGUCCCGCAGCUGCAAACGCCACCACAGCCUCCUCCGCCGACGGGAAGCCGCCUUCUUCGUCGUCUUCGUCCUCCCGGGACUCCGGGGCCAUUGCAUCUUUUCUGGCGGAGGGAAAGGAAAACAGCCGGAUAGAGCGGACUGCGGAUCAGCACCCGCAGGCCAGGGACAGCUCCAGGGCGGAUCAGCACCAGGACAGCGCCGCAAGGCAGGGCCUCCAGGUGCUGGCACACCCAGAGCCACCGCUACCACAGGGCCCCUACACGGAGGGGGUGUUGGGGCGCCGGGUGCCUCUGCCGAGCAGUACCAGUGGUGGCGGGGGCUCUGAGAUUUUUGUAUGCCCGUAUUGCCACAAAAAGUUCCGUCGCCAAGCCUAUCUGCGCAAACACCUGAGCACUCACGAGGCGGGCUCGGCCCGUGCGCUAACGCCGGGCUUUGGCUCCGAACAUGGUGCCCCACUCGCCUUCGCUUGCCCGUUGUGCGGGGCGCACUUCCCGUCCGCAGAUAUCAGGGAGAAGCACCGGCUGUGGCAUGCUGUCCGCGAGGAGCUGCUCCUGCCCGCUCUGGCGGGGGCUCCUCCCGAAACGCCGGGCCCAGGCGAGCCAUCUGACAGUAGUGCCCAGCAAAUUUUCUCGUGCAAGCACUGCCCAUCCACUUUUUUUAGCUCUCCGGGGCUGACCCGGCACAUCAAUAAGUGCCACCCCUCAGAAAGCCGGCAAGUGCUGCUGCUGCAGAUGCCACUGCGGCCUGGCUGCUGAGGGCCAAGAGACAAGGAUGAUUUCGAGGUUGGCCUUGCAGGAAACAGAUGGGAAUUUCUGUGGGGCUUUCUUCAACUUGCAAGUUUACUUUCAUUUCUUCCUAUGUUUUUUCUCCUAAAAUUCUCCCUAUAGUCAGUGAUCCACCAGAAGAACGGACAGUGAAAUGUAAAAUCCCUCUCUAGAGCAGGUAUGUAUAUAGUACAAACCCUUGAGAUCAAAGACUGUCAGCUUUAAAUCCUUCUCACUUUCCCUACUAAAAUAGGAUUUUUUUCCCCUUAAAACUCUUGAGACCCUAACGAAUCCUAUAUGGUUUGUAAUUCCUAUGGAAAGUCGCGGUGAAUGCAUGCAUGUCUCAAUGUCCACAAAGGGUUCUGGCUACUCUUUGGUAGUCACCAUUUUUUUUUCUCUUGCCAUCACAGGCGCCUAUGUAGCUUCUGUCUCAAUAGGGUCAGAUAUUUUGCAUUGUAUAUUCUGUGAAUUAAGUUAUGUGAUUGGUGCCAAACUUAAGGAGAUUCAAGACCUGUGUCUGUGGGCAGAAAAUGUAAGAGGUUUGCUGCUUUUAGGUUGUGUGGGGCUCUCCCCUGUAAACUUUCCUUUGCCCAAUUAUAUGUACAUUCUUAAGUUGGUGUUUGGAGGUGGGGAGGAUGCUACUUGAGACACCCCCUAAAAUUCUCACCUUCAGCUAUUUUGUGUGCAGUAUUCAGGAAGAGCUACUUCAAACCUUUCCUUAAAUGGCUUUUUGGUAAUACAGAAGUCGUUUCCUCAAGUUUGACUGUUUUAAUGGGGUUUCACCCAAAUUGUUCAAUGCUUCUGCUGUAAAUCUCAUACUGUGUAUUCAUUAUGAAACUAUGUACAGCUUAAGGAAGAUGUUAACACCGAUAAUCCACUAAGGCACUGAAUGGCAAUUUGCUCAAUAUUCAGUAUUUUCUUUUCAGCAGCAACUUGAUUUUUUUUUUUUUUUUUUUUUUGGUAAACCAUUUCAGUGUACAUUCUGUACUAAUUCCCUACUAGCCAGAGUUUGGGACACUGGCUGAGCACUGCUUGACAGAUAGCCCAUAUCUGUAAGAUGCUUACCACCAAAUAAAUGUAUAUAGACUGUG